CCUCCCCUUCAGUCUUGUACAGGUGUACCAGCUCCUCCCCUUCAGUCCUGCACAGGUGUACCUGUUCCUCCCCUUCAGUCUUGUACAGGUCUGCCAGCUCCUCCCCUUCAGUCUUGUACAGGUGUACCGGCUCCUCCCCUUCAGUCUUGUACAGGUCUACCGGCUCCUCCCCUUCAGUCUUGCACAGGUCUACCGGCUCCUCCCCUUCAGUCUUGUACAGGUGUACCGGCUCCUCCCCUUCAGUCUUGCACAGGUCUACCGGCUCCUCCCCUUCAGUCUUGCACAGGUCUACCGGCUCCUCCCCUUCAGUCUUGCACAGGAGUACCGGCUCCUCCCCUUCAGUCUUGCACAGGAGUACCGGCUCCUCCCCUUCAGUCUUGCACAGGUGUACCGGCUCCUCCCCUUCAGUCUUGCACAGGAGUACCGACUCCUCCCCUCCAGUCU